AUGCUGUGGGACAGAGAUCUCCCAACCAAAGUGUUCACUAGCACAACAUUGGUUAAGCUGUCAUUAGGGAAAAAACUAGGCAUCUCAAGUUUUCCUUCGGAUACAUAUCUACCAGCACUAAAGGUUCUCGUUCUUGAUUUAGUUUCCUUUACGGGUGGUAAGUUAUCUAGUGUGUUUCUUGCUGCUUGCCCUGUACUUGAGGUUUUAAUCAUACAUCAAGACAAUCUUUUAAAAGGAGAGAAGAUAUCAAGCAAAACCAUUAAGAGACUCUCAGUUACCUAUAAGCGCAGUACUUAUUUUUGUUCCUCUAGCAUUCUUUCACUUGACACACCGAGUCUUAUCGACCUCUAUUACUCCGAUUAUGCUCGGCUUGAGCCUCUACAUUGUAAUUUUGAUUCACUUUCCAAAGCUGACCUUAAUAUCGCAAGAGAUUACAAUGCAAGUAAACUUGUUUACGGGGAUGUGACGGGUCUAAUCAGUGGGAUACGCAACGUCAAGACCUUGCACUUGACCUCUUCUGCUGUUGAGGUUAUUUCAGUAUGCUGCAAAGGUGGACUACCAUUGUUCAACAACCUCCUUGAGUUAGUGUUUCCGAGUGAUAAAAGAAGCUUGAGAGUGCUUCUGCCACUUUUUCUAGAGCAUUCCCCGAACCUAAAAACUCUGGUUCUCUCAUGCCUUGAAGUUGUGAAAGUUUAUGUUGUUGCACCGGAUGACCCAAAACAGAUGCAACUCAGGAAGUAUCUUUGGAAACUUUCAUCCAAGAUCAAGAUACUGGAACGAAACACGGUAUCAGGAUGUAUAGUGGCAUAUGUAAAGGUUAAUGAACGCUUUACCUAA